ACAAAUCACACCCCUCCUCAACGGUCCUUCAGUCCUCACGUGCUGCCAGAAAGGAGAGUUUAUUUCAAGAUGAAAUACAUCCUGCUUUCCGCCUGCAUCCUUGGGAUGGCCGUCUGUGCCCCUCCGCAGAUGUACAUGGAGUUUGACAUCCAUCACGCUCCAGCUCAGGCAGCCCAGGCUAUCCCUGCUGGAGUCCCAGCUGGAACUCUGGAAGUUCUGCUCCCUGUUGAUGCCCAGAGACAGCCUAUUGGAGGACCUGUCCGUGGGUUCAUCAAGCAGGAGAUCCUCCAGGCAAAUGGCAGAGACACCAAGGACUUGUACAUCCCCUUUGGUUUUGACCUCCCAGCUCCCGCUGCAGCUGCCCCCGUCGCUCCCGUUGAUCCCGUUGCUCCCGUUGAUCCCGUUGCUCCUGCUGCUCCUGCUGCUCCUGCUGCACCUCUUGAGCCUGUCAUUGCUGCUGCUGCCCCUGCUGCCAAACCCAUGGGUGAUGACGAUGACGAUGACGACUAGAAACAUCGGAGUCAGCAGGAUCCUCACACACAGGCGACCGCAGGUGUGAGACCAGCAGCCAACCCCUCGUGAACAAUGACCAGCUAGCAAUGCUAUUUUCCAAAUAAUGACAAAUGUGGUGCUAUGCAUUUCAGGAGACUGUGGUGCUCUGCAGAUGGUGCUGUGUUUUCUUUUUAUUUUAGAAAAAGUGCUCUAUGUCUCAUAAUAAAACAUGGUGCUAUGCAGUGAUUUAUUGCAUUUUUCCAACAACAAUAACAUGUUUUCUCAUUCAAAUUCACUAUUUCUGUGCUUCACAAUAAAUAAAAAGAACUCAUUAACGCA